AUGCCUGAUAUUCGCUCUUUCUUCACCUCCAAAGGUGGUGCCGCUGCGGCCUCCGUGAAAGCUGAGCCGCCCAGCCAGAAACCCGACAACAAGAGGAGAAAAGUUGGUCGCAAGGUUGUCGAAGAUAGUGACGACGAUGAGGUCGUCGAGAAGAAACCCGCCGCGAAGCCUAAACCUAAGCCCGCCAAGAAGAAAACCGAAGAGGAUGGCGUCGAGGUUUCAGCAAGCGAAUACUUCACCAGCAAAGCAUCUACCGCCAACCAAGCCACACCCAAGAAACCCACCACAGCAGCAACCAAAUCAGAUGUUCCGGUAAGGAGCAGCCCACGAUCAAAAGCAACUGUGGCAAAAACAGUAGUACUGUCAAAUGAUAAACCAGCACCCAAGCGAACAUCCAGGCCUUCACACCGGCGCACACAAGACGAUGAUGACGACGCAUACAUGGAAGAUGCCGGUGAGGAUGGUGAUGAUAUUUUCGCCGCUGAUAUCAAGGGUCGCGGCAAGGGGGAUGAUGAUUAUAAGGAGGACUCUGAUGAAGACAUGCUUCCUCAGCCGUCCCGUGUGGCAUCUCGAGGAAAACCCGCCCAAGAGACCAAGCCCAGCCGUGCUGCUUCAGCGAGCACGAAGCGAAAGAGUCCGGAGCCAGACUCAGAUGGUGAUGAAGAGGAAGUACUUCCCCGAAAAAAGCCAACAGCUGCAAAGCCUCGUGCUCCUCGUGCGAAGAAGGCUGAUCAGCCCGAAGACGCCGCGAUUGAAGAUAUUCUGAACAGCGUUGCCACGGUUCGCCCCCCAACUCCACCGCCGAAGGAUCCCAAUGCAAAAUUCGACUGGCGAAAAGCCGCCGGCGGCGGAAAUGCGGCCGCCCAGCCAGUAGGCAGCGCAGAUAUCCCAGAAGGCGAAGAGGAGUGCUUGACUGGCUUAUCUUUUGUCUUCACUGGAGUUCUGCAGACAAUUGGACGUGAAGAGGGACAGGCGCUCGUGAAGCGAUAUGGUGGCAAAGUUACUGGCCAGCCCAGCAGCAAGACUAGCUUCGUCGUAUUGGGCGACGAUGCUGGCCCUAGCAAACUGGCCAAGAUUAAAUCCUUCGGUAUCAGAACCAUUGACGAAAACGGCUUGUUCGACUUGAUUCGGAAGCUUCCUGCUCACGGAGGAUCUGGCAAAGGAGCACAGAAGGCGCAAGAAAAGAAGAAAGCCGAGGAGGAAAAGAUUAAACUGCAAAUUGCUGAGAUGGAAGCCGAGGAGAAAGCCAAGAAAGCCGCCGAAGUAAAGGCCGCCAAAGCGGCAGCCAGUAUGCCUGGGGCAGCUCGCCCGCCACCUCCCUCUAAUGUCCCUACCCUUCUUCUCACCUCCAAAUACGCUCCUACUCAGCUCAAUCACAUUUGCGGCAACAAAAGCCAAGUGGAAAAAAUCCAAGUCUGGCUAAGGAAUUGGCCAAAAGCCAAAAAGUACAAUUUCCAGAAGCGCGGUGCUGAUGGCAUGGGCGGUGAGCGAGCAAUCAUUAUCUCGGGCCCCCCUGGUAUCGGCAAGACGACCGCUGCUCACCUGGCUGCCAGGCUGGAAGGUUAUGACGUCCUCGAAAGUAACGCCAGUGACGCUCGCAGCAAGAAACUUGUGGAAGCCGGUGUAAGUGAUGUCAUGAACAAUACAUCACUUCGUGGCUUCUUCGCCGGUGAUGGCAAAAGCGUUGACGCUACAAAAAAGAAGAUUGUUCUCAUCAUGGAUGAGGUUGACGGUAUGUCUGGUGGUGAUAGAGGAGGUGUUGGCGCGAUGGCCAAGUUCUGCAAGAAGACAGAAGUCCCUUUGAUUCUGAUCUGCAACGAGCGACGAUUGCCAAAGAUGAAGCCUUUCGACCACGUUGCGUUCGACAUUCGGUUCAACCGCCCAACUGUGGACCAAGUGAGAUCACGCAUCAUGACGAUCUGUCACCGCGAAGGUUUGAGACUGCCGCCAAAUGUUGUUGAUGCCUUGAUCGAAGGCAGCAACAAGGAUAUCAGGCAGAUCAUCAACAUGAUUUCAACAGCAAAGCUGGAUCAAACGAGCAUGAACUUCGACCAAGGCAAGGCCAUGACUAAAGCGUGGGAGAAGCACGUUGUUCUCAAGCCAUGGGAUAUCUGUCAAAAGAUACUAAGUGGUGGGCUUUUUGCGCCAGCUAGCAAAGCUACUCUCAAUGACAAAAUUGAGCUGUACUUCAAUGACCAUGAGUUCAGCUUCCUCAUGAUUCAAGAGAACUACCUCCGCACUAAACCAAUGGCACUCAAUGGCAAGGGCUACAACAAGCGAGAAGAGCGGCUCAAAACACUGGAGCUGUUUGAUAAAGCCGCUGAAAGCAUCAGCGAUGGCGACUUGGUCGACCGCAUGAUCCAUGGUCCUCAGCAACACUGGAGUCUGAUGCCAACGCAUGCCAUAUUUAGCACUGUCCGUCCCGCAAGCUUUAUCGCAGGGCAGCUUAUGGGGUCCAACUUUACGUCAUAUCUCGGAAACCUCAGCAAGAGUGGAAAACUUGGAAGGUAUAUCCGUGAACUUCAUUCUCACAUGCGCCUGAAAAGCUCCGGCGACCAUAAUGAAAUCCGCCAGCAAUAUUUGCCUGUCCUUUGGAAGCAGCUCAUUGACAAGCUUCAAGUUGAAGGCUCUGAGGCCGUGCCAGAGGUUAUAGAGCUGAUGGACGCAUAUUUUCUGACGCGAGAAGACUUUGAUGCCAUUCAGGAGCUCGGUGUCGGAUGGAUGGAUGAAGGUAGCGUCAAAAUUGAGCCCAAAACCAAGGCAGCUUUUACGCGAACGCAUGUAUUAUCCGCUCUAUUGUCUCGAUGCAUAACUAACUUGUUGCUCAGUUACAACGCCAUGAGCCACCCGGUGCCCUUUAUGAAGGCCAGCACAAAUGUUGUGGCCCCCAAGAAGUCAGCCAAGGACAUGCCUGAUCUGGAAGAAGCAAUUGAGGAAGAAGACGACGCCGAAGUAUUAGAAGGUCCCGCUGAGGAUGACGACGAGAUCGAUUUCAAAAAGGACAAGUAUAUCAAGCAGCCAAAGGCCAAGAAGGCGAUCAAGAAAACAAAAGCAAAGGUGGAUGACGAGGAGGACGAAAAGCCCAAGGCCAAAUCAAAGGCCAAAGCCAAAGCGAAGAAAUAA